AUGGGCAACGACAAAGGUUUUAAUGCGAGAAAAUUCUUCCUCGACUUGGCCUCUGGAGGCACGGCUGCCGCCAUUUCGAAAACCGCUGUCGCCCCAAUUGAGCGUGUGAAGCUUCUCCUGCAGGUCCAGGAUGCAUCCACGACUAUUGCCGUUGACAAGCGGUAUAAAGGUAUCAUCGAUGUGCUGGUGCGUGUCCCAAAAGAGCAGGGAUUUGCUGCUCUUUGGCGUGGUAACCUCGCCAAUGUGAUCCGGUACUUCCCAACCCAGGCGCUCAACUUCGCCUUCAAGGAUACAUACAAGAAGCUCUUUGUCGCUGGUUACGACAAGAAUAAGGACUUCUGGAAGUUCUUAGCUGGAAAUCUCGCCUCUGGUGGUGCUGCUGGAGCCACUUCUCUUUGCUUUGUCUACCCACUCGAUUUUGCUCGUACCCGUUUGGCCGCUGAUGUCGGAAAGGGAUCCACUCGCGAAUUCAAAGGACUCGGUGACUGCCUUGUGAAGAUUGCGAAAUCUGAUGGACCAAUCGGAUUGUAUCGUGGUUUCUUCGUCUCUGUGCAAGGAAUCAUCAUCUACCGUGCCGCCUACUUCGGAAUGUUUGACACCGCAAAGGUUAUAUUUGCAAAGGAUCAAAAACUCAACUUCUUCAUGGCAUGGGCAAUCGCUCAGGUUGUCACAGUUGGAUCUGGUAUUCUUUCUUAUCCAUGGGACACUGUUCGUCGUCGCAUGAUGAUGCAAUCUGGUCGAAAAGACAUUCUCUACAAAAACACUUGGGAUUGUGCUGUGAAGAUUGUGAAAAACGAAGGAAUGAGCGCUAUGUUCAAAGGAGCUCUCUCAAACGUUUUCCGUGGAACUGGUGGUGCUCUCGUGCUCGCAAUUUACGACGAGAUUCAAAAAUUCAUUCAU